UCCCGCAACACAACGAGCUCAGCCAAGCCUCCUGCGACGACAGAGAGGCUCCGCUCAUCCAUGGCCUGGCUCCCACGGCCAUGGCCAAGGUCUCUUGAGGCUUGCCCUUGAAGACUUUGGCCAUGUCCAUGGUGGCCAUGGCAUCUUCGGAAGAUCGAGAUUGCUGCAGUUAGCAUCUCAUGUUCAUGGUAGUUACCUUUGUGUAUUAUGCUGUCGGUUUCUCAGAUUUUUUUUCAGACCUUUGUAGUUGGAUCUGGAUCUAGAUCUGGUGUUCAUAUCGAUUUGUGCUUUGUUCAUCUCUGGAAUUCAGUUUCCCCGGUCGCACAGCUCGUCAGGCGAGAGGGAUGCGCCGAUAUGUGAUUUGGACGUAGUCCACAGUUUUUUCUUCUUCCUUAUUCUUUUCUUGGGCUUCUUUUAUCCUUUCGGGCCGUCCAAUGUCGAUUUUCUUCUGGGCUUGGCCGUGGCGGCCGUAACUUGAAAUUCGGAAUGGGCUGGGCUGCUGUGUAACUGAUCUGGUUUGCUGUGGGCCGAGAUCGGCCUUCUUCGCGAAUGGCUGGGAAACCUCACUCUCUCUAUAUAUUGAUGGUCAUUUCGCCCCCUCCCCGAAACCCUAAACCGGCGGCGGAGGCUGAGAGAGUCAGGCAGCUCUCCCAGCUGCUGGAUUCGACCACUCCGAAGGCCAUGGCGCUCCGGUCUGCCGCUGGAACUGCGGCCAGGGGCGUUGGAUCUCUCCGCCAGCACUCUCUCGUGGCAACCAGGGCUGGGGAGGUUUUUCUUCCGAAAAUCUCAGCGGCCUGCUCCCCUUUCCCAUCGGGUUUCCGGUUCCUCUCCACAAAGGACCCUUCUCUUACGAUGAUUCAGGAUGCUGUCCAGGAGGGACUGAAAUCUGAUGCUCUGAAGCUCGUGGUCCAAGCUGCAGUCGAUGAGGGUCUCAAAUCGCAGGAUGCUCUAAAGCAUACCAUUGAACUGGCAGUUCAAAAGGCAUUGAAAUUUGACGUGGAAGGACCCACGAAAGCUCAGGCCAUGGGGGUUUACAGUGCGUCCAGUUCGGCAGAUCCCCUUCCCAAGAGCGACGCAGCCUACAGCACUUCAGGAUACUGGCCGGCCGAUCCCCUUCCCAAGAGCACUAGCGCCUACUGCCUUUCUGGAUCCAGGGUUUCCAGGUCUGCGGAUCUCCUUAUCAAGAGCUCUGCUGCAUACUGCCCUUGUCUCUCCAGGGUGUCCAGGUCGCUGGUUCUUAUUCCCAAGACCUCUGCAGGGUACUUCUCUUCUGUCUCCAGGACGUGCUUUCUACCCCUGUCUGGUCCCCGUUUCUUCAGCACCCAGAAGGGUUGUGCUGACCUUGACAAGUUUGAUAAAUUCGAGAAGCUGUAUCAAAAGGAUAGAGUUCAUGUCUCGACGGGACUAGAUCGCAUAGUUGGCCUAUUGUAUGAACUGAAGGAGGAUGUCGAUCAAACCGACUUUAUUCAGAAGUGGCUUACUAACAUUGGCAAGGAGACUCUUUUACUAUCAGACAGCCAGAUUGAAGGUAUUGGUAAAGGUUGGACUUGUCUCAACUACGGCGGUGGUUUUUUUGCCUGGGGUACACUGGUUUACUUUGGCGUGAUGACAAUCAGAGAGAAUAACAUCCCCUACACGGAUUACUUUCAUUUAUUGAAUGCUGUCCGUGUCCAAGCCUUGAAUAGGGGUAUCGCCCAAUACAAAGCUGAGAAACAGGAGCUGGAGGAUGCGGUGAAUGCUAAAGCGGUGAUGGCUGCACUCGCAAAGAAGGCGGCAGAGGAUGCUGCCGCUGAGAAGAAGGCAAAGGAUGUCGAGGCUGCCGCCUCCAGGAAGGCCAAGGCGGAGCAGACAGGUGCGAAGUGGAGGUCCAAGUCAGAACAGGCUGCUGCCCUUAGAAAGGCUAAGGCGAGAGAGGUCCGUGACGCCAAUUUGACCAAGUGGAAGCAGUCCAACGCCGAGAGGAAGGAGGCGGACACAGCAAGGAAGGCAAAGGCAGCUCAGGCCGCCGCGGAAAUCAAGGCAAAGCUGAAGGAGGCCGCUGAGAAGAGGAUGGCCAAGGCUGAAAAGCUGGCUGCUGCCGUGGCGGCUGCGAGGAAGGCCAAGGCGGCUGCUAAGUCUGGUCCCAAGAAGUAGAAGUAGACAGUGUUGCUAACUUGUCUCCUGUGUCCUUUGAUCAUGUUGGGGGAUUUUUGUGCAGAGAACUACUUUGAAUCAUCAUUUCAGUGUUGGUGGAUAUCCAGUACUUCAUAGUGGGUUUGUUAGUUCCUCUGGUACUGUCUUACCGCUGGCAAGAGUGAUUUUGUUUGAGAUGAGAACCAAAGCUUUGAAAGAAUGUUUAGAUGUCAAACUGCAACCAGUAUCGACAGAGCCAUUUGUUAA